CGGCCGCGUGGAGCCCGUCGCAGGCUGCCGUGCCCUGUCGGCCGCCGCCGCUGCCGAGCCAGGCGGCUGUGCUGUGCUGUCGCCCCGAGGCCGUGUGCCGGCCCCUGCCUAGCGCUGCCGCUAUCCCGCCCGCCUGCCGGCCGCCGGCGUGUCAGCCUGCAGCAACACUCACUGGGAGUAAACGGGUGGUUUGGGUGCUCCUCGUUUCGUGUUUUGCUUUCGAAUUGGUUACAACAAUCGUCAGUGGUUCUUGGAAGGGUAUGAACUGGGGGCAGCUGAGUGAAGAUGUGGAGCGAGUAUCUGGAAACCCAGCAGAGGAGAGAGAAGGAGAGAUGGAAGUUCAUGAAGAUUCCAGCUCUGUUAUUUUACCAGAUAGUGAGCUGGGUACCACUGCCCCUUCUUUGCGUUUCAGCAAGACCUGCCUAAAGAAUGUUUUUUCAGUAAUUCUCCUGUUUAUUUAUCUGCUACUCAUGGCUGUAGCUGUGUUCCUUGUCUACCAAACCAUCAGUGACUUCAGGGAGAAGCUCAAGCACCCAGUAAUGUCUGUCUCCUACAAGGAAGUGUCCUUAUACGAUGCACCUGGUAUUGCCUUUUACCCAGGCAAGGCUCGACUGGUUAGCUGCAAACAUCAUUACUAUGAUCCAGGUCAACCAGGAGACACUGAAUGCACCACUCGGAGAAUCAACUACACGGAUCCCUUUACUAAUCAAACUAUGAAAUACGCUUUGGUUGUUCAAGGCCCUCGUGAUGUGAAGAAAAAGGAACUGGUGUUUUUACAGUUUCAUUUAAAUGGAACAGACCAAGACUUUAGUGCCAUCGACUACCUUCUGUUUUCAUCUUUCCAAGAGUUCAUCAACAGUCCAGAAAAAGCAGAAUUCAUGAAGGACUGUGAAAGUUCAUACUCCAGCUGGAAGUUUUCCGGAGGCUUUCGAACAUGGGUCAAGAUGUCCUUGGUGAAAACAAAAGAAGAAGAUGGGAGCGAGACGGUGGAAUUCAAACAAGAGACCAGUGUGGUUACCUACAUUGACCAGAGAACUAAACCACAAAGUGACCAGCUGUUUUUUGUGGUAUUUGAAUGGAAAGAUCCUUUUAUACAGACUGUUCAAGCUAUUAUCACAGCAAAUCCCUGGAACAUGAUUGCUCUUCUCUGCGGCAUCUUCUUGGCUCUGUUUAAGGCAGCAGACUUUGCUAAGCUAAGUGUGAAGUGGAUGAUCAAAAUCCGAAAGAGGCAUCUGAAGAGGAGUCGUCAAGUAAUGAACCACAUAAACUGAGAGUACGUCUGCCUUUGAACUAUUCACAGCAGAAAGGACAGAAAAUAAGUGGAAUCAGCUUUGGUCAGUGAUAUGGCAAUUAAAGAUGCAAACCAGGUCUGUUUUUGUCCAGAAAAACGACAGCUGGAGGACCAGCCCAUUGAACUGACCUUUGAACCUCACAACGGAGCUAACUCAAGACAGGUCUAACAAACUCAUGCUUUUCUAUUCCAAAUUUAACCAUCUUACCUCAGUAUCGGGAGGGAAAGGGGGGACGGACAUGAGGGAAAGGAGAGAAUUCACUAAUGUGCAGAACAGCAACAUUGUUGUGGUUAAAUUCUAAACAAAAGAGUGUUUGAAUGCUUCUCGGAACGGGGGACCUUUUUGCCUCUGGAUGAGUUACGACCCAACACCUGCUGCCCUAACACAGUGACUUGCUUGCCUGUGUUUAGUGGAAGGGAAAGCGGUGAGCAGAACAAGAGCCUGGCCUCGCGCCUGCACAGCACGCGUUACACCAACAUACACUGGAGUCCCCCUACGCCGCAGUGCUUGACUUACAGAGACUUUCGUAUUAAAAGAUACUUCAAACGA